CAACAGCAUACUACGCAAAACUAGAUAACAGCUGUGAUUGCUUGUGUACAAUUAAAACCGAGAACUUGUGCAUUUAAUUUGUUUAACUUGCAUUACUUCAACUAAAUAGCAGCUACCAUGUCGGAUGAUCUGCCAGAUCAAUUCGAUUUAGUCGUUAUUGGCACAGGCUUCACGGAGUCUUGUAUCGCAGCUGCUGCCAGUCGCAUUGGCAAAACCGUGCUGCACAUCGAUCCAAAUGAAUACUACGGUGAUGUGUGGAGCUCUUUCAAUCUGGAUGCAUUAAACACGCUGCUGCAGCAGUCAAACACAAUGGUGCGAAACGGACGCUUCACAUGGCACGAUUCCUGUGAGGAAAGUGCGUCUUGGACACGCGAAAAACUGCUUGAGAAAUCACGUAGAUUCAGUUUGGACCUGUGCCCACGUGUGGCAUAUUCGGCUGGCGAGCUAGUACAGUUAUUGAUCAAAUCCAACAUAUGUCGUUACGCAGAAUUCCGUGCCUUGGAUCAUGUCUGCAUGUGGUAUAACAACGAACUUGUCUCAGUGCCUUGUUCGCGCAGCGAUGUCUUCAAUACCAAGACCCUGAGUAUUGUGGAGAAGCGACUGUUGAUGAAGUUCCUAACUGCCUGCAACGACUAUGGCGAAGAUAAAUGCAAUGAGGACUCGCUCGCCUUUCGUGGACGAACCUUUCUUGAAUAUUUGCAGGCACAACGGGUGACUGACAAGAUUGCCACCUGUGUCAUGCAGUCUAUUGCCAUGUGUACGCCAAACACCAGUUUUGAGGAGGGCAUGCAGCGCACCCAGCGUUUCUUGGGGAGCUUGGGUCGCUAUGGCAACACGCCUUUUCUGUUUCCCAUGUACGGAUGCGGCGAAUUGCCACAAUGCUUUUGCCGGCUGUGCGCCGUUUAUGGCGGUAUCUAUUGUCUGAAACGUAGCGUUGAUCACAUCACCGUGGAAGAUAGCACAAAUGAGUUGCUGCUGAGCAGUACGGGCAAAACGCUGCGUGCCAAGCAAGUGGUCUGUGCACCAGGACAAGUGCCUUUGGGCCAGCUGCAGAGCGAGGUACGUGCUCAUAUCUCACGUGGCUUGCUGAUUGCCAGCAGUCCGUUGGGAGGCGAGGAUCUCAAUAAGGGUGGUGGUGGCGUCAACUUGCUGCGACUGCUAGCGCCCGAUGGACAACACGAAGCGUUCCUCAUCCAAUUAUCUCACUAUUCCGGCACCUGCCCCGAAGGACUUUAUCUAUUUCAUUUAACUACGUCCGCAAGCAGUGACGAUCCUGCUGCUGAUCUGGCGCCUUUCGUCGAGCUGCUCUUUGGAGCACAGACACCACAACAACUCAUCUAUAGCGCUUACUUUACUAUAGCUGCACCAGUUACCACAAAUUCUGCAUCUACCACGUCUAUUUACUGCACAGCGCCGCCCAGCUAUGAGCUGGACUAUGAUGCUGCCAUUGCCAAUGCUCGGGAAAUCUUUGGCAAGUUGUAUGUAGAUGCAGAGUUUCUACCCCGCGCUCCUGAUCCGGAGGAGAUAGUCGUUGAUGGCGAGGAUCCGAGUGCGUUAAAUGAACACAGUCUGCCUGAUGACUUGCGCGCUCAGUUGCAUGAUUUGCAACAGGCAGCACAGGCUAUGGAUAUUGCUGAAUAGUCGUUAAUUUCUAUUGGAUAGCAGUUUCAUUAUCAUCACUUUAUUGUAAUCAAAAAAUUAGAAAUGAUCCGAAAUCUAUAUACACACUAAAAUAUCAUCAGAUACAUAUAUACUUUUGUUUGGACAAUUGAAAUGUUAUGCAGGACUAAUGUUUUUAGUAUAAGUUUCUUUUUGCAUAUUUUGUUCUCUUUUGUAUAUUUAUUGUGUAAAUUAUUUAUAUACUCUAAGUUACUAUAUAUGUAUGUAUAUAUAUAUAUAUAUCUAUAUAUAUUUGUGUAUAUGUUUAUAUAUGUGAGUGUUUUGUAUGUGUGAAAUAUAUAUUCUUUCGAAAAAUAUGCAUUCCAAUACGUAAUAUAAAAAUUUAUUGCUUGACGGUUUCCUAUGCAUUUUUUUUCUUAGUUGUUUUUUUGUUAAUGUGAUGCACUACAAUUGAUUGAUAUUGAAUAACUGUUAAAUUAAAAGUAAACGAAAAUGGUAAAGCACAAACAUGUAAUGAGUAAAUUAGUUGAAAAAACAAUUCAUAACUCAAUCGUAAAGUUAACAAGGAAGAACGAACCAAUUAAGUCUUAAGGUUAUACAGGAGCAGGCUCUGGGGCAGUUGAGAUAAAUGUAUUACAAAUAAAAGAGUUGAAGAAUAGUUUAGGCUGAGAGUGGUUACCAUCUAAUUGUUAGAUGACUAUUUUAGAUAUGCCACUAUUCGAAUUUAUACUCAUGCCAACAGAAAAACACAAAAACGAGUCGAGACGAGACAAAAAAGCCGUGCAUAUUCGUAAUUAGUUAGUGUCUCUAAUCCACAAUAAUAUUAUGUAUAUAUAAUGUAUGUAGUGCAGUGCAUUUUACAAUAAAGCUUUUAUGUUCUCGUUUCACUUCAAUAUCAGCUGCUUGCUUCUUUCAUUCAGUUCAUGAAAUUGUUAAUGUUCUGUUUGUUGUUUGGCGUGCUUUCUUUGCCUAUAUCUUAAUCAGAUUAUUAUUGAUAUUCUGUUGGCGCUUGCGUUUCGCAUUCAUUGCAUCGACAAUGGGCUGUCGUUUGGCAUUAUAUUUCUUAUUCAGCUGCUCAAUCUCCAGCUCCAUUUCGUGAUCGAUGUUGCUCAGCCUUUGGUUCAGAUCGUCAAAGGUAAGAAA